AAGGCGUAUUUAGGUUGUUUUCUAGUCUACGUCCUGUAUGUAGCCAUUUGCGGCAGUCACGGAUUGUAAGUACGGAAAAUACUUUAGUAUUUCAGAUUUGAACUCUGUACUUAACAAGUUUCUACACUAACAUGUAGUUACAAUUGUCCGUUUUAAAACUUUGUUACAUUGUUGUACCGGAACUCGACAAAAAUACAGUACACGUUAUUGGCUCGACAAAAAUCAUUCUUCACUUGUAUUACAAUUCACUUUACAGUUUCAAUGAUUCAUAUUACAAAGUUCUAAUGUAUUAGGAUGGCGCAACAUUAUACCGCUAAAUUGUCGCAUAUCAGUAGAAAAAAAGAGCUUAAAAAAUAUUUACUCUGAAUUGAAAUGUUCUUAAAGCCUCAUCUCUGAUUCCACUUGACAGACAACUUCAUCCCAAGAUUAGGUUCGUGUUACAUAUGUUUUGAUUAAUUUCAGCGUCUGUUAUGCAUCCCACGGGAAUAACACCAUCCUACCUGACUGCCCGGAAGGUUAUUUCGAUAACGGAGUUCUGGGUAUCAACGGGAUGUCUCCAGGUCCACAAAUCGAGGUAUAUACUGAUCAUUCCAAGCAGCAAAUCACACCUGCAAACCAUGUAUGAGAGUUAACGAAUAAUUACUGCUGAACCGUAUUAUCGUCCGUAGAUUUGCCUGGGAGACACAUUGGAGGUGAUCCUGAAGAACGAUUUGGGCACUACGGAAAUGUCUUUGCAUUGGCAUGGACUUUCCCAGAAGGGUUCAGCUCACAUGGACGGUGUUCCGAUGGUGACGCAGUGUCCAGUAUUGCCUUUUUCGAGUUUCCGAUACGAGAUGAAGCCGGAUAUAGCAGGGAGUUACCUUUACUAUGCUCAAUCAGCACCGCAGCAGGGUGAUGGAAUUUACGGGGCGCUUAUAGUUCGUGAACCAGGGAGUGACCCAAACGCCGAAAAGACAUUGUUAAUAUCGACGAGGCUCGAAGCACCUUUGACCCAGCUCUGGCCUGAAGUUUCAGCGCCGACGGAUCUUUUGGUGAACGGUCAGAGCGAUGGCUACCGGAUAUCUGUUGAUCGGAAUCGGCGCUAUCUUAUGCGUUUGAUCAAUGCAAAUGCUAUCGCGUGUCCGGUCGUAUUGUCAAUUGCGGAUCAUAAACUUCUAGCCGUUGCAGUCGACGGUGGAAAAGUUGAUAGCCGGACCCCUGCUUCUCACGUCGUGCUCUUCCCGGGUGAAAGAUUCGAUUUGACAUUGGAAACAAAUCAGGCAUCUGGCAGAUAUUUGGUCAAAGUUCAGGGCAUGGGAGAGUGCAAGGAUCUGUUCCACGCGGCAUCUUUGGACUACGAAGAGUCUUCGAAAUCUUCGACGAUUAUCGGAUCUGCGAUUCGUUUGUCCGAGGAUGUCAUCGUGUCGCUGGAAAAAGGCCACAAGUGUUACCGAGUGUCUAGAGGCAUACUGUGUUCCCUGGAUACGAGAGGAUUCGCUGACAAGUCGAUCCAGAAUCACCCCGGCGAAACAGUUUAUGUUUCCUUCGACGUCAACACCCUGGGCGACAUCACCGACGAAAUGACUGACUUCAAAUACAACAUUUAUGGCUUUAGCCACUAUCCCACGUACCUGAGUCUGUCGACGACUGAGGCAAGAAUUCCUCAAAUCAAUGGGAUGACAUUCAGAUAUCCUCCAUCCCCGAUACUCAGUCAGCCGGAAAACACGCCGGAUGAUAUUCUCUGCUCACUCGAGGCGAAGUCUGAGUUUUGCGAAAACACACCCCGGUUCUGCGAGUGUCUACAAAUCUUCGAAGUGCCUGUUAACGAGACAGUCGAAUUAGUCAUCAUAGACGAAGGAUUUGGUGGAAAUGCUUCCCAGACCUUCCACGUCCACGGUUACCAGCUGAGUGUCGUUGGCGCUGAUAGCUUCGAAAAGCCCGUGACGAAGGCAGAGGUCAAAGCUCUUGAUCUCAGUCAAGGAUUGCCCCGCAACUUGUCGAAUCCUCCGAAAAAAGAUACUUUUACAGUUCCUAACAAGGGUUACGCCAUUGUUCGUUUCCGUACUGAUAAUAUUGGAUACUGGCUCUGGGAGGCAAGAAGCACUGGAAUAUCACCUACGACGUCCAGUCCUGGUAUGCAAUUUUUGAUGCAGGUCGGUUCCCGCGAAAACAUGCCGACAGUACCAAUAGAUUUUCCGUCAUGUGGGAAUAAUAAAAAACCGGAUAUGAUAUUUGAGAUUAAUUAAAUAAAAUUAUGCAUAAUUAUUAUUUAGAUUCUUAAAUUGUACAUUUAUAUACAUUCUAUUUAUUCAUUGUUCUGUAAUUUAUACAUGUUCCAUGUAACAGUUAGUAAACAAUGCAGGCAUUUAAUUUUGCAGUGUAGUUAAAAAAAAGUAUUUUACUCACUUUAGUCUCUCAGUUUAAAGUAUCUCGAAACUUGGAAGUAAGAAGUCAAAGCGUUUCUUCAGUUAACGCUGAGGGAGUCGAGUUUUUGUACAAGGAAUUAAAAAAAUUCUACCUAUUUAUAUGCGGCUAAUGUAGUUCAUCAAUUCCACACCAGGGCGUUAUAUUUUUGACUAGCCGGUGACGCUGUCUUGCAUAAAAUUUAUAAAUCACAAAAAAUACAAUGGAAUAGUUUCCAAGUGAUUUGUGACUGUGCGUAGGCAACCAUCAAUUCACAAGCGUUAAGGAGUAGAGAAAUUGCCUACAUACAGGCGUACACCGAAAUAUAUGGAUUGUUAUGCUUGAGGUAAACAUUUUUUAAGUUUUUUCAUUACUACUUAUGUAAGGUUUGAUACUCGAAAACAAUAGUGCUAAAGCUGAAAUUUGAAUUCACAAAUUAUCCUUCUACCAAUAAGUAACACAAUCGAGCUUGGACACGGAAUAAAAUAGAAAUGAUCUUAAACGCCACUCAAGAUGUAUUAGACAUAUGCGGACACACCUCGUUUGGACAAAAGGGACCAGGCAUUGAAAAAUUUCGAAUUUUUUCAUCUCUUUUUCAUAUCCUGUUACUAUAAUCUCUACCAAAGAUUUUGGCGCAAGAAAAACUGAAAAAUUCGCAAUAUUGAGCUCAGGGGGACUCGGAAGGCUUUGACGAUUGAAAAUGGAGUAAACAUAUUCAAUACACGCUUAUGAAAAAUUGAAAAAACACACCUGAUUUUCCUCAUUUUCAAGAUAUUUGUCACAUGUUUGUCGAUGAAAAUCAGUGGUAUUAGUAAAAAAACUAUGAAUAAUUAAGGAUGAUAUUGAGCGUUGAAGACAACCGUGAGUCUAAAGUUUGGGCGUAAUAUGUAUAUUCGCACAUUUUUUUCGCAAAACAACGUCUUUCGUUAGUUUUGCCAUGAUAA